UAACUCCUGACACUAGAGUAUAAAAGAGAUUGACAAUUGAAUAAUGACCCCAGGAUCAAGAGAAGUUAAUUCUCAGACCCAGUCGCAGAACAACCCUCAUAUAAAGGGGAGGAUGGUUGCUUUGGUUGCUUCCGUGUUUAUAUCAUUGGCAUCAGGGACUCCGUAUUUAUAUGGAGUUUACGCUCCUCAAUUAAUUCAGAGAAUUGGUCUUACUACUUCUGACUCAGCCGUGAUUGCAUUAGCUUCGAAUUUGGGAAGCGGAGUUGGUGGUUUACCCUCGGGAGUCUUUAUCGAUCGUUACGGUCCCCAACUAUCUGUUUUAAUGGGAUCUUGCUUCAUUAUGCUUGGUUACUUUGGUUUAUUUAAGAUAUAUGAGCAUGCCGUAAGUAACUUGUUGUUGAUUUCAAUCACAAUGGUAUUCAUUGGAUUUGGUUGCAUCACUUCGUAUUUUGCAACCUUAAAAGCUGCCCAAGCGAAUUUCCCAAAUCACCGGGGUGCCGCUGGUGCAGCUCCAGUAAGUGCUUAUGGGUUAUCGGCAAUAGUGUUUUCUAUAAUUGCAUCCUUGUUUUUCAAGAAUAACACUGGGGGCCUUCUCAAUUUCUUAUCGCUUUUUUGUGGCCUGGUUGCGUUUAUUGGUUCCUGGUUUGUUCAUGUUUACUUAGGUCACGAAGGAGAAGAAGAAGAAACUAAUAAACAAAAUCCUUCUGAUUUAGAGCUGGGUUCCACAGACGCUCCUCAGAAAUCGUCAAGAACCAGCGAAGAAGCGGCCCUUUUAAGUCAUAAAUCAUCUUUGAAUUCUUUCAUAUCAACAAUAUCGGCAAAUGAUGAAUCUGCAGUGGAAUCAUCCUCCCAAUCACCCAGUGAAAUAUAUAAACAGAACACCGAUAGAACUCUUCGAGGCUCUUUUUCAUUUUGGGGAUUGGGAUAUAGAACCCCUCGCUCUUCAGUAAGUUCUAUUUCUUCCGAUUUGCAACCAUCAGUUCAAUCUUUAAGAGAGUCUAAUUCACAAGCUCAAGGUUCCACAUCGAAUCAAGCCAACAAACAGCUAUUCUCCAGAGAUGGCCCAGGCACUUUAAACAGAACCCCUACCUCUUCUUCUGGCUUGAAUGUAUCGUCUGCUUUGAAAAAUAAACCGUUGAAUAAUAACCCUCGCAAAAAAUCAAACAACCCAUUGGUGAUAAUUGCAAAUCUUUUAACUAACAAAUUGUUUUGGGCUAAUUACAUGUUGAUGGGAUCAAUUGCUGGAGUAAGUCAAAUGUAUAUAUUCUGUAUUGGCUUUGUUGCCACUGCCCAAUAUAAUUAUCAUAAAAACCAGAGAGAUAUUCCAUCAAAUAAUUCUAUGAUCACUCAGGAAGAUUCCGCUGCAUCUCUACAAGCACUCCAGGUCUCGAUUAUUUCCAUCACCUCUUUCGCUGGUCGUUUAUCUGGUGGUUUUGUAUCGGACCACUUGUAUAAAAAAUACCAUAUUCAAAGGCUAAACUUGAUUGCAGUCACAAUUAUCUCGCUAACUAUCGGUCAAGUUUCCAUGAUUUUAAAUGAAAAUAAUAUUCACUUACUCAACCUUUCAUCAGUCAUCAUCGGCAUGUCUUUUGGGUUCAUAUUUGGAACUUAUCCGGCUAUUAUUGCAGACUACUUUGGCACAAAAACCUUCUCGACCACCUGGGGAUUAAUCUGCACCAGUGCCCUAGUAUUCCUAUAUAUUUUAAAUAAAAUUUUCGGUAAUAUUUAUGAUAGAAACACUAACGUCGAAACUGGUAUUUGCUAUAAAGCGAAUGGGUGUUAUAAAGGGGCAUUUGAAAUUAGUGGAAUGGUUUGUAUCGCUUCAUUGAUUAUUUGCUUAUCAAUUAUUUAUUCACAAUCAAAAAAGAUUAAAACCUCACCAUCAGCUUAGUUAAUUUACAAUAUUCA